AUGACAAAUAAAAUAAGUGACAUUGGAGUACAAUAUUUAGCUGAUGUAUUAAAAAAUAACAAAGUGCUCACUAUCCUCGAACUCUCCUACAAUCAAAUUGGAAACAAUGGAAUGCAAUAUCUUAAUGAUACUUUAAAAGAAAACAAAACACUUCUCGAAUUAAACCUCAAAGGAAAUCCUGGUAGCUACUCUAUAAUUGUGAGCGCAGCAAUUCAAAUACGAAAUGAUAAAAUGAUUACUAUGAUGGAUCUCUCGGGGAAUCAUAUUGGAGACACUGGGGCUCAACAUUUAGCUAAUGCUUUACAAAAUAACAUAACAUUCACAGAAUUGAAUCUAUGGCAUAAUGAAAUAAGCCAUAUUGGAGUACAAUAUUUAUCUGAUAUGUUACGAAAUAAUACGACAAUCACUUCGAUUGAUCUUUCAAAAAAUCAAAUUAGAGAUAACGAAGCUAAAUAUCUUGGCGAUGCUUUGCAAAACAACAAAACACUCACCAAACUAAUACUCGAUUCUUAUUAUUAUGAUGAUGACCAUGCUGAUAAGAAAACAAAUAUAAUCAGUGAUAUUGGAGCACAAUUUUUAGCGAAUGCCUUACAAAAAAAUCAAGUCAUUUAUGUUGCUAAUAUAUUUUAUUUUUAUUAA